AUGCUCGAGCAGGAAGACACAAUCCAGCAGAAUCAGGCUGGUACUUCGAGGCUGACGCGGGAGAUCGUUCCUACGUCUGACGAUGACGACUUUUUCUUCCUCUCGCAAUCGUCUGGCAAGUACGGCUCAAGCUUGGACUCAGCACAGAGCUCACGGCCGAGCAAACGAAUCUACCAGAAUGGUGACGAUGAGGAGGACAAGGACGAGGACGAGGACGAGGACGAAGCCAUCUUGCCGACUCGUCUCAGUCCAUCGAACCGACAAGAAAUACAGCAGCUCAAUAGGUCACGCCAAACGCUCACUGCCGAGCCGAAUCGAGAUGGGAUAGACGAGGAAGGUCAGACAGGGCCUGAGACGCCACCGCAGGUCUCGACAUCAGAUUUGGCUACUAAAAGAUCACCGCUGCCGUCCCAAGCGAGCCCGGAAAGGGGACUGUUCUCGCUGUCCUCUGGAGCCGCACCAGUACUGCAUCCCAUUACUACCCCGCUACUCUUUCCACUCGACGCCGACGACACGGGUACUUUCAGACCGGUAGAAAGCGCACCAAAUCGACCGACAACUACCAACUAUGAUGAUGUGGAAGAGCAUAGAACAAGCCAAGAAAAAGACAGUCCUGCCCCCGAUAGCCAUGCCGACGCUACACUCAUGCCCCCAGCCAGCCAGCAGAGCGAAGGGACCCUACCACUCGCCGAGAGCCAAACAGCCUCUCCAAAUCUCGCUUUGACGCCUCUACUCGCGUCCGAAGGAAUCCAGACCACUGUCAGCGGCUCGCCUUCGGGUGCUUCAUCCCAUCCGAGGGGAGAACAACAUCCUACCUCAGAAGAAUUCUCUUUACUGGACCACGACGUUCACCACUACGACUCGGUUCUCGAGGCACAGAGGCAAGUCGCUCCGAGCGACAGUCUCGAUCGGCACGUUAAUCAGGCGCCUGUGCUCUCUCCGACGCCAUCCCUUCCGCCGCUUCGGAUGCCAACUCGAGGUGCUGCGGCAGAAACACCGCCAUCAGCCCCCAAUGAAGCACCUCAAGCUGAGUCACAAGCUAACAACCGCUCCAUCAUUGACGAUGAGCAACUGGCCAGAGCUGCUGCUGCACAACCUCCUACUCCACCUCGCCGACAUCUCCGGGCUAGGAAAGCCGCACAGCUCAAUCCAUACACACUAGAAGCUGUGCGCUACCAGCGAGCGUUGAUACGCAACGACUGGGAGGACGCUGUGGUAAGCCAGAGGGAGUGGCAUCGGCAAGAGCGCAAAAGAAUCGCAGAAGAGGCUGCAAGAGCUCAGCGCGAUGUUCAAGCAGUGCAAGGAUCGGAAGAGUCGCAAAGCCAGUGGCUCGUUCCCAGCUCCGGUCCCAGCUCUCAAGCCGAACACGAGGCGUCUGUUCCAUCAUCACCUGCUGUCUCAUCAACGACACAAGUGUAUGUCGAUAUUCCAUCACUCGAUGAUACUGGCUCGCUGCGUACCCCCACUAGUGGGUCUAGACCCUGGCUAUCUUCUCCAACGCCGUCACAGAGCGGCAGGCUACCAGAGCUGGCCGAGAUGAUUGCCAAUUCCUCCAGGACAGCCUCACUGCACCCGAAUCGAAGCAAGCCGGGACCAGCAAUACGACCUGCCACCUACAAAGGCCGCAGAACGAUUGCUUCGACGCAGGACAAUGCUGAUACCCAACCUUCACGGACCGAGGAGGACGAAACACCACUGCCACCACCGCCUGCCCGCCGCAAACAUCCUCUGCGCGCAGUGUCACCAUCGGACGGCGAGGGGUCUGUCGGGGUAGAAGAAGCGACGCUUCUCAAUCAAGACCCACUUAUCGUGGACUCAUCCGAGGAUGAGCGGCCCUCCGUCGUGCCGAUUGCCAAACCCAAGCGAAGAAGUCGAUGGUCUGGCAAUGGUUCGAGCAGCGAUAGCACCGACUACGAACGUCGCUUCCGUCAACUUAAAAAGAUGAUGCCGGCAGGCAUGGCUCGCAAGCACAUUCGCGACCUCAGAGCAAUGAGGCAUGGUAAGGCCUACCACUCGGACGGGCACGUCUCUUCCUCUUCAGCUGACGCGGACACAAACAAGAAAACAGACCGACGUGAUGUGGAUCGACCUCGUGCACGAUCCACCGAUACAGCCGACAUCGCAGACCACGAAGACUUGCAGCCAGGGCAGACAAGGAAAAGGCUCCGACUCCAUGACAGCGUGGACGCCAACAACACCCUGCUUCUUGAACCAGACUCGGACACGUCGUCAUCUUCAUCCUCUUCAACUUCGUCCAGCGCAUCUGUCUCCUUCGCGCACUCCAACAUGGCAGCGCUGCAUACAGGCGUCGGUCCUGAGGGCAGGCAAAAGGAGGCAGAUGAGAUAGACGAGUCGCCAGCAUGGUGGUCCGUGAACCGGCUCGACUCGUACGUCCCUUACCGCGAAAGGGACGCGAUCGACCGCAUGCUUAGCCGAACCGGCGGAGGUAAGCCCAGCAGCAAGACCGCCGUCCGCAGCUUCAAAACUGUGUCUGAGCACCGGCAGGCUCGACUAGAUGGCUUCGUCUCCGCACAUCCACACCGAGAAAGACACCGAGAAAGCAGAGUCAAUUCCUCUCGCUCUCAUCUGCGCGAGGUAGAUCAGAACCAACGGCGUCAGCAACCAACAGUCAUGGAGAAAAGCGUCCAGCACGGGCAUUCGCAUCCGACAAAAAGAAAGAAGAAGCGUCCAAAGUUGGACCCAAGAGUUGGUCGGACGACGGGCUCGAGCGAGCGAGGGGGUCCUGUGCAGCUCCGCAAUCCACCUAUAGUUCGCCCGCGUGCGCGACCACGGCUCGAUCUGGAACAGCACGAUGUCCUCUUCGCGGUCAAUCCUACCAUGGCUCGACAUGCGAGAAGGCUCGCAGGCGACGACGAUGACUUUCACGAUGAAAAUGUCUCGGACGACGACGGUCAGUGGCAGAUGCUCAGCUCGGUAGUCAGAGACUCAACGCCGGUGUCCCUUCCGGACGCGCGACUGGCCGUACCUCGGGGUCGAGCAGACGGCGGGUUACCGCGUGGAGCUCCAUCAACAGCAACGGAGGGUGAUGUCGCCCCUUCGCCAGUUCGUGGUGCUCUCGCUUCUCCAUCAGUAUCUUCGACUUCUGCUCGUCCCGUCAGAAUCGCGCUCAACGAUCACAGUCCCGGUACACCGUCACGAACGAGGUGGGACGUACAUCAAGCCAAGGCUCAAGUACGCUCCAACCCUAUUCAAAAUCAUACGUUCCCUUUGAGCACCACAUCCGAUCCCGACGGAAGCCAUGCCUGGGACGAGUUCGAAGGCAUCAGCUUGGACUUUGGCAUGGUCCCCUUCGCCGGGGGAAAGCGUCUCGACGUGACAGGCUCAUCGCUGCUUACUCAACUUCCCGACCUAAUUGCGCUGCCAGACCGACUCCUCGGCCACCAGCAAAUCCCUCGGACGUGGUCAGGCGAAGUGCUGCGCUUGGAAGAUACCGUACUCGAUACGAACAUGGACCACGACUCGCUCGCAAACAAAUUGCCUUUCUUCAUAGACAACCUCCAGCUCACAAUCAACCGCAUGCUGGGCGAACACGGGGACACGUCUGACGGCGAUGCAAGACGGCACGCCAGGAAUCUCGUUGCGGACACUGGCGCCUUUCUAGGGUGCUGGAUGGUACGACAGGUCCAAGGCGUCGAAGAAAGUAUGACAGAUCCCGCACUGAUCUUUCGCAGUUACCGCGUGAUCCUAGAGAGGAUUGAGCAGCUACAGGCCUCUGUGCUCUCGUCGCGUCAGCCGACACGCUCGGCAAGAGCUGCUCGGGAGGAUCGCAAAUCAAUCUGCCUGCAGCUAGCGUGGAUGCGCUUUGAGCUUUGUUGGCGGGCCAUGGCGAUCUGCGAUGCAGAUGUAAACAAUGCUCUCGAGCCUGAUGCUCCAACUGUCGAAAGCAUGUUGGCCUACAGCCGCACACUCAUGGCCUUGUUGCUGCAUCAUGGGCUCCAUCGCUCUGUUCGCAGUUUGCGCAAAGCAGCGGAAGGAAGCACCUCCAGCGCCGGUCUCGGCAUGGAUCAAGGCGAAGAGCAGACAACCGUUUCUUUCGAUGAAGCCACUGCAAUGUGGCUCAGCGUGAUUCAUCUCCUCAGCUCAUUCGAAAAGAGCCGCGGGAUUACGGAUGGGCGACUCUUCUGGACCCAAUUCGAGACCACCUACCAGCGGUGGGACGAAUCAAUGCCGAAGCGAGCACCUCUUCUGCGCGCCGAAAGUCUCUGGUAUUGUCUGUUCGCGCUCAGCACCUUGUCCCAAGUCUCGCCUGAUGGCGACAUACAGACUACACCGUUGCUCCGGGAGUAUUGGCCACUGGUGGCGAGAGCAUUGCUUUUCGUCCAGUUUCGAUCGGAGGAGAGCAAGGAGAUAGCCAUGGGCUGGCACGUGCUUGCGAAGCGAGACGCUUACGUGCGUGUCGUUCUGCAACGAUGCUGCCUGUUGGUGUCCGAGUGGCGCUGGACUAUGGAGGGCGCAGAAGUCUCGCUUGCACGCCUCUUUGAUAUCUUCAACAGUCACAAGCUCGCCGACUUGCCCACCGAGACAGAACACGAUUUUCCAGCGUUUCUGCGUGACUUUAAUGUCAAGAAGCUGUCCACCGCCGACGUGGUUGAUGGCGAAGCGAUGCAAGACCCAAGUUUCCACCUCUUUGUCAGGCUGCUCGCUCAGGCAGGCCAGGAGAUGCGCGAACAUGCUGUCGAAACCAAGGAAGGCGAUCGCCGUAUUUCUCGACUCUUCUCCCGCAUGACACCCGUUCGUGUGAUGCCAUUCACUCGCGCUGAUGUGCCCACGAGCUCACAGCGCUCCGUGCUCUUCAACCACUACACGGUCGUGAUGCUAUUCAUGCAUCUCGUGCCGACAUCCUCGCCGCAACGACUUCGACAGAUCCAAAGCUUCCUGCCAGCAUUCAAGGACGCCGACUUUGUAAGCCAAGUCACCUGCAUCCGAGCUAUGAUGUAUGUCGCCGUAAUCUUUCGACACCACCACCUCGAUCUGGAUCCGGUGCUCAAGUGGUUUGGCGAUGCCAUCACUGCCUUGCGUCGAGAAUACGAAGAGAUCGAGUCGAGCACAAAGCGGUACGAACGGCAGCAACUGCAACACUCGCUGCAAAACUGGAACGUGGCCAAGCCACCAGCUCGACCAGACACGGUCCGGAUGGCAGAUAUCUUUGAGAAUGCUCCGACUCGACAAGCUGCUCUCAGGAGGAAGGAAGAGGUAGCAAGGCUACUGGUGAUCGCGUUGCGAUCCAUUCAGCACGUCAUUCGGCACGCCGACCUCCAAGGUGAAGCAAACGGUACCGCAACGGCGGGGUUGAGGCUCCCUGAUCAAUCGCUGCUGUCUCCAGCCUGGACGCAACAAAUGCUUGAAGCACAGAUCUCGCUCGAGCCGCGCGUUGGUCAGGAAGUGCUCAAGUGCAUUCAAACUUUCUUGCUGGCUCGCAUUCGGGUUCUGCGGCCUGAAGCGGCAGAAAUGGACUCAGUCAGAGCCGGCGAGAAAGACCCCCAGUGGACAGUUGCCCAGCAGCAGCGAGACGAGGAGAGUCAAGACAGCUUUGCCGAGUUGUUUGAAGCAGACGACGAUUUCGACUUUGAGGAUCCCCUUCUAGCACGUCUUUUGGACGGAGCGGAUACAGGCACGGCUACCGACAGUGGAGGAGCGGGAGCGGGGGAGCAUGGACAAACCGACAACCCACAUGCCGAGAAGAAGAAGUGGGACCGAGAAUUUGGCGAGCUGGUCAAGAAUACCAUUUCGCCGUCGCUUUUCCAGCUUUUGUCCAACAUCUACCAUCCGGAUCGACAAAUGGAAGCGGCAGCUACUGGUGGUGUGGUCAUGAGCUUGGGCGUUACUCAGCGUCUCAACGAGCUGCCGAUCGACGCGCAUUCCAGUCACAACAGCGCUGGCCGUGCUUUGACAGCGCGUACUCGGAUGGAUCGCCUGCUCAAGGCCGCCGAAGCUCGACAAUACCUCGAGCUCGUGGUGGACUGCUGGGCGGGAUGUGCACAUGUGUUGGUAACAAAUGGGCUGAGAGAGUGGACCUCGUACCUCGGCUUUGGUAACGAGUCGUGGAAACGCAUCGACGAUGCAGUGGGGAGAAGAGACGUUGGCCUCAGGUUCUUGCAGAAUGUGGUCAGCUUGGAUCCGGUGGCGGUGCAGCAGAGGCGAGAGUACGAGGUGGAGUUCUUGGCCGUGUGGAUCCAGACGGCUGUCGCUCGCGUGCUGUCAGUGCAGGACGUGUAUACACGGUCGUUGAUCGAGACUGGAACGGACGGGAAGAGCAAAUCUUCGUUGCUGUCUGCGUUGGCAACGCAGUGGCAAGCCGUUAUCGGUGCGUCUUCUGCUUCGACGUUGUCGUCCACUACCGCUUCUGUUGAGGAGGGCAUUGUUGCUGCGCCCUCGAGCCCCGCGCCCCUCACACUGGACCUGGACUCGUUUACACAGCACCGGCCUGCGCUCCUAAAAGCCACAUACACUACCCUCGCCAACGCGCUCACCAGCAGCACAACCAGCAUAGGCACAGCGUACUCACUUCUCUCGGCCCUCCUCUCCUCCCUGCGCGCUUACGUCGAAGACACCCCCCUCUGCAGCGGCGGGGGUGGCGGGGUUGAACCAGCUCAAAGCAGCCAAAGCGUGACUUCCUCGCGCGACUACCUGCGCUUCUGCAAGACGACGUUGGCGGAUGUCGAAACGACGCUGGCGGACACGUCGGUUAUGAUUUCGCUGAGGGCUGAGUUCGCCGCUGUUGUGCAAGUGGUGAGAGCGCGGCUAUCGGGCGUGGAGGCUAUUGGCGAGGGACACGGUGGAUAG